GUAAGAAACCAGGCACGUGCAGAGGGGGGGGCUGGGGGUGCUUGAGCACCUGCCCUUUUUGCUCCUUGCCCUAAAGUGCCCUUUUGGUCCAAUUUUUUUUUUUUUUUUUUUAAAGUUAAUUUCCCAAACCCUCCUCUGAUAUGUACUAAAAUUAUUUUUUUUUGUUGUUGUUGUUUUUAUUUAAAGAAAAACAACAUAAUAAGCCCUUCGGGUCACCUUGUUACCUUUGACCUUUUGUCCGUGACGCAUGACACAGCUGCCUCCCGCUCAGUCAGUGAGACUGCGCAGUAGCUUACUGCGGAGCUCAACGUGGAGGAGGAAGGAAGGAAAAUUCAAAGAUGCCACGUAAAGAAAGACGGCAGAAACAAAAAAGAAAAGAAUUGAUAGAUGCAGCAAAAGGUAGUGGAUUGUUGACCGACUGGGUCAGAACGAGUACUGCAGAUGGACAGAAGGAAAGUGAUAGAUCAGAGGAGGAGACAAAAAUGCAGUCAACAACACAGGAAGACAGGCAAGGAGAGGGACAACAGUCAGAAAUAAACACUAUGGAUGAAAAUGCAGAGCAACAAGUCAGAGAGAAGCCAUUCAUAUUUUUAAUGGACCUUCCACACCCAAAUGACCCAGCACAUGUCUUGCAAUUCAACAUAAAAUAUGAUGAAGCAUUUAUCCAAAAUUGUGUAAACCAAGGACCAUGCCAACCAGAGCUGUCAUUUCCUAAAAAUGAAGAAGGAAGGUCUUUUCAGAAUAAAUGGUAUAAGAGUAACCCAUGGCUGGAGUAUUCUCCCAGUUUAAAUUCCAUGUUUUGUUUUAGCUGUCGUGUUUUUUUGAAUGAAGAAAACUGGACCAAUGCAACAGUUCCUCCAAAAGCACUUCAAGCUCUAAAGAUGCUCUGCCAGUUUUAUGAAAUUGAUGACCAAGAAAAAUUGAAGACAGAGCUGAAGGUUUUUCACAAUUCAUAUUUGGAGUUUUCAUCUUACAGUGUGUCAUCAAUGCUGUCUGUCAUCAAAGAAAACAAUGCUGAUCUGGUUUUUCCCAACCUGACUGGACUAUUGAAAACAUACGCCACCUUACCAGUGUCUACAGCAACCGUUGAGCGUUCCUUCUCAAAACUGAAGCUAAUGAAAACAAAACUACGCAGCUUAUGCAAGGAGGAUAGGUUGUCAGACCUUCUUUUGCUGGCAAUUGAGAAGGAUGUGCCAAUCAUUCACAGUGAGGUUAUUGACAUUUUUCGAGACAUGACCAACAGAAAACUGCUGCUGUGAACAGAAGAGAACAAAAAUAACAAAAAUGCUUAAAAGUUGGAAGUUUGUUUUUAAACAGUUAAAUCACCAUGAAGGAAAAUAAGAUUUUGGAUAAUAAUCUUAGAUUCAGUUUGGGGGAAAAAAGAGACUGAAAUAAAUAAGAGACAUCGGCCUCCACUCAACACAGAGAAGAUGAGACAAUGAAGAAAAAAAAGAGAAACUGAGAAGAAAAAAAGAAGAGGAAAGAUUGAAGAAAAUGUAUAUAGUUCCACGUUAAAGUUUGAUGCAGCUCUGCUUUCCUGAAUCUUCAUUUCCAAUGUAAGUGCAGCAAACAGGCAGCUCUUUUUUUUUUUUAUAAAUUACAGUACACUAAAAGGUUGUAUUGUGCCCUUGUUUAUAUUUUUAAUAGUGUAAUUCUGUAAAGACAAAAUAUGUAAAUCGGAGCUAAACCAUCAGCUCUGAUUUACAUAUUUUGCUAAAUUGCGGGUUUGAAUAUUGCAAUACUUUCCUAUAACAAAUUAGACCUGCAGAAAGAAAUUACUAAUAAAAUAUCUAACAUAUGCAUAGUGUUAUGCUCCAUAUAGAGUUUUUCCUUAGCUUAUAUUGUAUGUCUCACAAUUUUGUAAUUUAUCAUUUUUAUUAAGCUCUGAAAGCUGUGUGGUUUUGUUAAUAGUCUUUCCUAGAAUGCGGUUAGAUGUGCCCUUUUUUUUUUUUGAGCACCUGCCCUUUCAGUGGUCUCUGCACG